AUGCCUCUCGAAAAUCGACCGCGACUUCCCCGCAUACCUGUAAGCAAGCGAAAUCGGGCUGUCGUGAGGGCUCUUAACCCAAUGCUGGUAACCUAUUUGGAAGCCAGUCGGGACCUUUGCGAGACGGACUCAGUUCUUUUUGGCGCCACAGUGGCAGCUUGCCGUAUUAUUGGCGCCAAACUUCCAAUGGCUGGACGCGCUACUAAACAAAGUAGCGUCAUCCCAGCCUGGAGAAAAAGAAUUGAGGACCGUAUCGCAAAGGCAAGGGCCUUUAUCGGCAGACUGAUAAGCUUCAGGUCGGGUAAUAAUAGACCGAGGGUUGUGCGCACCGUUAGAAUGGCGUUUGCUGGGACAAAUAUCAGUUUGUCCCAGCCGGAUAUCACGCAGAAACUAACGGAGCGCAUAGACGACCUGAAGCAAAAGAUUGCUGCUUGGGGGAAGCGGAUUCGCCGAUUUACUGAGAGGUCAAGGCGGUUCAACCAGAAUCGUCUCUUCCAGAGUGAUCAGAAGAGGCUCUACAAAUCAUUGGAGCGACCAGAGGUAUGUGGAGCGGGCCCAGGACCGGACCAGGCUAACACUGUCGCAUUUUGGCGUGGCCUGUGGUCAGAGCCCGUAAACCACAGCGAGGGCCCUUGGACGGAAGUUGUGGCGAGUCAGUGUGCGAGGAUUACGCCCAUGGACCCCGUCAUCAUAACGCCGCAUGACGUAGCUGAGGCGGUCCGUAGAGCCCCGAACUGGAAAAGUCCGGGACUCGACGGACUGCAUCACUACUGGCUGAAGGGGUUCAUGGUGUGUCACGCUGUGCUCGCCCGUCAGUUUCAAGAGGCUCUCAACCAGAAGUCGCUCCCUAGCCUCUUCACUACUGGGAUCACUCAUUUGGUUCCUAAAGACCAGAACCCAACCAGAUGA